AUGAUGCAGGUCACAGAGAAAACGCUGUCUGAGGUUCGCAGUGAGUUUGUGGAAAGUGUUUCUGAAGAACUUCUGAUUGAGCUCCUUGAUGGCCUUCAGACCGAUGGUGUCUUUGGUGAUUCGGAGAAACAGGCGAUACUUGAAAACAACCAAACCAGAGCAGACAAGGCCCGUGACACCAUAGAUGCUGUUCUGAAGAAAGGGAACAGAGCCUGCAGAUUGAUGAUUAAACAUCUUCACCACAUGGAUCCUACCCUGUUCAAUCAGCUGGGUUUGUCCUCUGAUGAUCAAGAUAUUGUUGAUCAGUGCCAGAAUGGCCUUAAAGAGUCUCUGAAGAUGAAGAUCCAAAGUCUCUCUGAAGGCGUCGCUGAACAUGGAAAUAAAACCGGUCUGAACCAGAUCUACACUGAGCUCUACAUCACAGAGGGGUCAACUAGAGAGGUCAACCAGGAACAUGAGGUCAGACAGAUUGAAACAGCAUCCAGGAAACAAGAAACAGUCAGAAGAGAAGACAUCUUUAAAGUCCCACCUGAGGAGAUCAACCAAUCAGGACAGUGAUGACCA